AUGAGUUGUUUGAAGCUAUCUAAAAAGCGAAAAAUUGAAGAGGAAUGUCGUGUUUUUAAUGAAAAUUGGACUGAAAAGUAUUUCUUUACCGACGUUGGAGUGAAAGCUCCAUGUUUGAUUUGUUCUGAAACAGUUGCUGUGUUCAAGGAAUAUAAUUUGAAACGCCACUUUCAAACGAAGCACGCCAAUUUUGGACACAAUUUAUCAAAACAAGAACUGCAAAAGAAAGCAAAUAAUCUGACAAAACGUUUGAAGCAACAGCAAAAUGUGUUUGAUAAAACCUCCUCUUUACAAAGGAACGCGACAAAGGCAAGUUUUAUAUUGGCCAACAAAAUUGCAAAGCAAAACAAGUCAUUCGCAGAAGCAGAAUUUAUCAAAGAUUGUAUGGUUAAUGCUGUCAGCGUUGUGUGUCCUGAAGUUAAGUCAAAAGUAGAAGCCAUUUCCCUGUCACGAAGAACUAUUGUUCGUCGCAUUGAUGCAAUUGCCGUGAAUAUUCAUGAACAGCUGUUAACAGCCAGUGGUCGAUUUCAGUGGUUUUCUAUUGCUUUAGAUGAGAGUACUGAUAUUCAGGAUACUGCUCAGUUACUCAUUUACAUCAGAGGAAUUGACGAAAACUUUGAAAUUACAGAGGAAUUGUUAUCUAUGGAGUCUCUCAAAGACACUACUACUGGAAAAGAUUUGUUCAACAGUGUCAUUAACAGUCCAAUCAGGUCUGGAUUAACCCUAAAUAAACUGGCCAGCAUUACAACCGAUGGAGCUCCUUCACUCACCGGUAAAUAUUCCGGCCUUGUGAAGUUGUUGAAUGACAAAAUCAAAGAAGAUUUUCCACUACACAGUGUGUUGUCUUUUCACUGCAUCAUACAUCAAGAAAGCCUUUGUAAGUCAUCUUUAAAACUCAAACAUGUCAUCGAACCUGUGGUGCGUGCAGUGAAUUUAAUAAGAUCACGGGAUUGA